AUGGCAGCACGGCAGUCGAUAAUCAAGAAAUAUGCCACUCAACUAGAUGGCUGGAUCCAAAGUUGCAACGAGAAUCACGGUGAUGAAUGCCAGGUAGAGCCUAUCACGGGAAGACAGCCGCACCAUAUCCCAGACUGGGUUAUAGACACCGAGGACGGCUGCAUCGUCCGCGGAUGUAGCGUCCAGAGAUAUGCAGCCCUCAGCUACGUUUGGAAUUCUGCUGCGACGAACAACGAUGGAGGGAGACCAAAAGCUGAAGAGCGGCUGCUUCUACGGAAGGACAAUUUCAAAGACUUCUGCCGCCAGGGUUUCCUGCGCAGCCAUGUCUUAGAGAAUGUGCCGUUGGUCAUCCGAGAUGCCAUCAAUUUCGUACAGCUCUCGGGACUUAGGUAUCUCUGGGUAGACAGUCUUUGCAUCGUCCAGCACGAAGACACCACUAGGGAUUGCGUUGCUCUCAUGAACGAGAUCUAUUCCGGCGCCUAUUUCACCGUAAUAGCGGCUGCCUCCAAGGAAGGUCUCUAUGGCAACAACGACGACGGACACUUACCUCACGGAAAUAUCUCAGUGCAACACUUACAUAGCAAGCUCCUAUGUUCGGACUGGGCCUCGCGGGCGUGGACCUUUCAGGAGCAGCUGCUGUCAAAACGUUCUAUCAUAUUUCUCGAUGGUACUGGUCUGUGCAGAUGGAUCCGCGUGUCGGAGUACGCCAGCCUACAUCUACCAGCCGUCAUCCCUUAG